AUGGGCGAGAAAAGCUCAUCGCACCGAGUCCACCCUAUUGACAGAGGAAUAAAGGCGUGGACCUUCCUGGCUGCAGCUUCGGCAACGAAUAUCAUAACCUAUGGAUUUUCUUCUACCUUUGGUGUUUUCCGCGAAUACUACUUCCGACAUGCUCCUUUUCAAGGCAGUCAGGAGGUUGCUUACGUGGGUCCUGUUGGUCUUGGUUUGAUCCAAGGACUUUCCCCGCUGCUGGUAUACUUUUGCAGCAAGUAUCCUACCAAAGUGACGCUCUUGCUGUGGUCUGGUGCUUUGUUAAUUGCAGCAUCUUCGAUUGGAGCAGCAUUUGCUACGACUCCAGCACAAUUGAUCCUGACGCUCGGUGUCCUGUAUGGCUUCGGUGGCAGCUUCAUCUUUGCUCCAGCCAUAGUCCUGAUAGACGGCUGGUUUGUGGAGAAAAGGACAUUGGCCAAUGGCAUUUUCUUCUCCGCCAGCAGCCUCGCGCCAGCAGUUCUCUCACCUCUAUUCUCACUCACACUAUAUCGCUACUCUCCCAAGGUUACUCUUAUAGGAUGGGCAGUAUUCUGCGCAUUCCUGUCUCUAAUAUCCUUGCCUUUCAUCCAAUCGCGUCAGCAUGCCCAGGAACCUACCAUUUUAACAGAAUCCUCGACGCCUGAUAGUGACAUUGAUAAGAAAAAGAGCACAGCGUAUCGUUUCUGGACACAGCCUUUAUUCUACAUCGUCUGUUUGACAACAAUCUCACAAGGUCUCGCGCAUUUUCUUCCAGCGUUGUACAUCCCUACGUUCGCCACUGACUUCGGCGCCUCGCAACGCAAUGCCUCGCUACUCAUCACCUACUUUAACAUAGUCUGUAUCUUUGCGCAGCCUCUCUACGGCCACCUAGUUGACCGUAUCGGACCACUCUACCCACUUUUGAUUACCACUAUCGUAGCAUCUGUCUCUAUCCUCACUAUCUGGGGCUCAGCAAAGUCAUACCCACCUCUCGUUGCAGUAAUGAUUCUCUUUGGAGCCUCGUCUGGCGCAUUUGUGGUGCUACGUAGCAGCUUUGCAACACAGAUUGUGCUCCGGAACAAGGCGUACAGUAAGACUACAUCGGAUCUGGAAAAGCGAAAAAACGAAUCACUCAUCUCGGGUAUUCUAAUGUCGAUCCGUGGAGUUGCAACGAUCGCGUCAGGGUUCGUGGGGAGAGCGCUUGUUCAGGGGAGUGAAGACAUACCUCUUGGAUCAGGAUACGGUGCGGGCAAGUGGAAGUCAUUCAUUUUCUUCACGGGUAUCAUCAUGGGAGCAGCCAGCUUGGGCAGUGUGGGCUUGAUCAGGCCUGCAAGGGUGCCAGAGCGUAACCUGAGGGGCCCCGACGACGAGGUUCUUUCAUCGUAG